GGUUUUCAUCAUCUAGCCUUUUCGACACUAUGAAAACUGCAUUUACUUUUCUUAGCCUCAUAGGAACUGCGAUAGGAAAAUCUAUAUAUCAUCCUGGGCGUCCCUUUUUUGAUGAUGGGGCACUGAAAAGAGAUGUCUGUUCUGGUAACACAGCCAGUGAUAGGCAAAUAUGGUGCGACUACGACGUGAGUACCGAUUACUACAAUACUGUACCAGAGACAGGCGUGACCAGGGAGUAUUACUUGAACAUCGAACAACUCACAGCCGCACCUGAUGGCUACUCUAGGACAGUCAUGGCAAUCAAUGGAUCGAUCCCAGGACCUACAAUCACUGCCAACUGGGGAGACCAUGUUGUUGUGCAUGUUACCAACAACCUCGCUUCAACAAAGAAUGGCUCUAGCAUCCACUUCCAUGGAAUACGUCAGAACUAUACUAAUCCUAAUGACGGCGUUGUUUCCAUUACCCAAUGUCCCACUGCGCCUGGUAAGACGACUACGUAUAAAUGGAGAGCUACUCAGUACGGCACCUCAUGGUAUCACUCUCACAUCGGGCUGCAAGCAUGGGAAGGAGUCUUUGGCGGUAUCUUGAUAAAUGGACCAGCCACAGAGAAUUAUGAUGAGGAUAAAGGCGUCUUGUUCCUUAAUGAUUGGAGUCAUCAAACAGUGGAUGAACUAUUCCAAUCUGCUGAGACCAGUGGCCCGCCUACCUUGGAUAAUGGCCUUAUAAAUGGUACCAAUGUUUAUGGCGACGACAAUUCGACCUCCCAGACGGGAUAUCGCUUUAAUACGUCGUUCACGGCUGGUACUUCGUAUAGACUGCGUUUGAUAAACGCUGCAGUAGACACGCAUUUCAAGUUUUCUAUUGACAAUCACACUCUCAUUGUCAUGGCCAUGGAUCUGGUGCCUAUAGAACCGUUCAAUACUACUGUUCUAAGCAUCGGAAUGGGUCAGAGAUAUGAUUUAGUUGUCAAUGCGGAUCAGUCCACGGGCAACGAGAGCUUUUGGAUGCGUGCUAUUCCACAAGAAGCGUGUUCCGAUAAUGACAGCGUGGACAACAUCAAAGGCAUCGUAUACUACGGCAGCUCACCCUCAACACCAACUACAGACGCCUACACAUAUACCGACAGCUGCGACGAUAUAGAUGUAUCGGACUUAGUCCCUUAUCUCUCCCAAAAUGCGUCAAUUCCCUACUAUAACUCCAGCGAGCCCGUGACACUAGGUUCAAACUCCGACAAUCUUUUCCGCUGGAUGAUGAACGGCACAUCAAUGCAGGUCUACUGGGACAACCCAACCCUCCUUCAGAUCUGGAACAACGACACCUCAUUCACGAAUUACAGUGGCGUAAUCGAGCUUCCCAAACGGAACGAAUGGUCCUAUGUCGUUAUCGAGACUGCACUUUCUUUGCCACACCCUAUUCAUUUGCACGGCCAUGACUUUUUCAUCCUUGCGCAGGGUACUGGUACGUACUCUUCUUCGGAGAUUACGAGUCUAUCGAACCCGCCUCGCCGGGAUGUAGCGAUGCUGCCCGCUUCUGGGUAUCUUGUGGUAGCAUUCAAGACUGAUAACCCUGGUGCGUGGUUAAUGCACUGUCAUAUUGGAUGGCACACUGAAGAAGGGUUUGCUAUUCAAUUUUUGGAGCAAUAUGAAGAGGCUCUUAAGUUGAUAGAUUAUGAUACGCUGAACUCUACUUGCCAAGGGUGGGAUGAAUAUGUGGAACAGAAUUCGGUGGAGCAGGAUGACGACGGAAUUUAA